ACCCGGGGACAUACUGUCUUCACAAAAACACAGCUUGACUCAAGCUCCAGCUUUGUUCUGGAGCUUUCUACCACGGCCCGCCUGUGCAUUAUAAACAUACUUAUAAUCUGCUUAUAGACGUUAUAAUGCUAUAUUCAUAAUGCACAAUCAUAGCACAUUAUAAAGCAUUUUAUAAUGACUUAUAAGGUCAAGCUUCAUAAUACUUUAUAAUUGCUGGUCACUUACUGACUUUUUUGUCUUGCUCAAGGACACAUCGGCAUGUGAUUAGCAGAGCCGGGGAUCGAACCGCCGAUCCUCUGAAAUACAGCCCUGCUCUCCACUUUUUUUAUUUUGUUUUUUAUAUUGUUUUCAUGAGAGUAAGUGGCAAAUAAAUAACCAGCAUUUUUUAGAAUUGGUUGACCAAACCGUUCAUUCAUUGUGACUCCCAACAAGAAGGGCCUCUGCAGAACCCUGGACCUCACUUCGGGAACCACAGAAACAGUCUGCCUUAUUAUUCUAUGCAACACUUGAGAUCUUUGGUACUUUACUUCCUUGUCAAUGGAGGAGGAGGAGGAGGAGGAGGAGGAUGAAAGUUGAUGCAGAGGACAUUCUUUUCAGUUCCUCUUAAAAACAGGUUUAUUUGCAUGUCAUCGUGUCUUGCACCAGCCAAAGUCCACACGAGAGAGAAGUGUUCAUACACAGAAGUGUUCGAUCCACCGAGGCCAUUCAGGAUGCAGACGCGUGCUCCGCCGUGCAGCUUCUUCUGGGCCCUGAUAAUACUGAGCAGCAUCCCGGCUCGUGUGGACGGGUGUGACUUUGCUCAGCCAGUUUGCGGCGCUCAUGCUUCUGGGGACGUUAUGAUUGGAAUAAUGUUGCCGUGUCAUCGUAAAGUGAAGGCUCUCCAGGAGCGGAUCAGACCUGAAGGCUUCCACUGCUUAGAUUUUGAUCUGGAGUCAUUUCUGAGAUCCUUGGCUGUAAUCCAUGAAAUUGAGACCAUAAAUGCAGCCGGCUUCCUCCCAGGAGUGCGUCUUGGAUAUUUGAUGUGUGACACAUGCUCCUCUGCAAGCAAGGCGUUGCAGAGUGUGGGGCACAUGCUGGGAGUCAACGGCUCUCUCACUGUGAUGUGCGACUACACCGACUACAGGCCCAGAGUCAAGAUUGUCUUAGGAGCUCUGUACUCUGAGGUGUCCAUCGUUGUGGCCAGACUGCUGACUGUGUACAUGGUCCCUCUACUGAGCAGCACAGCAUCUGCACCAGACCUGAGUGAUAAGCUGCGCUACCCAGUUUUCAUGCGCACUAUUCCCAGUGAUAAGCAUCAGACCAAAGCAGUGGCCACAAUUAUGCAUCACUUUGGCUGGAACUGGGUCGGGGUCGUGUACGGCGACGACAAGUACGGCAGUGCAGCUUUCCAGAGCUUCCUUGGGGCUGCUGAUGCAAAUAGUGUGUGCUUGGCCUACCAGGAGGCGCUGCCUAGUUACCUUGAUCAUUCACUCAGCCUGCAACACAUCAAGCGAGUCGCCAAGCAGAUCCGCUCCUCCGAUGCCCAGGUGGUACUGCUGAUCCUUAAGGUAGAACUGGUGGAGGUCCUCUUUAAGGAAAUGAUCAGGACCAACACAUCAAGGACCUGGAUUGCCAGUGAUGCCUGGUCCAAGAGCAGGGUCCUCGCCCACAUGGAAGGAAUCAAUAAGGUUGGGGACAUCUUGGGCAUUACGUUUGUUUCAGAAAAGAGUGAAUCAUUUGAUAACUAUCUCAAGAAUCUCACAGCAACCCCAGGAGGGUACAACCGCUUUAUCGAAGAAUACAAGAACUUGAGAUUCAACUGCAGCUCAGAAUGUUUCUCAAGCAAGCCUCCAUCUUAUUGUCCUACACCUGAUCUCCUGAGAAUCAAAUCUGCCAAUGCAUGCACUUUCAAGGAUCCCCAAGAGGAAAAUGAUGACUUUCUCAUAAAGGGUCUGGAUACAAGUGAAACCUUCCUUCACAAAGUAGCAGUGAGGGCCACAGCAAAUGCUCUUAAAAAGCUACUAAAGUGCAACAGUUCAUCAUGCUUGGGAGAGAUUAAUUUCCCACCAUGGAAGCUUCUGAAGGAACUGAAGAAAGUUAACUUUGAGUUUGACAACCAGAAUUUCUACUUUGACGAAAAUGGGGAUUUUGUAAGUUUUUAUGAUCUGGUCAUUUGGGGACAAGAUGGACACCACAGACGAUUUCAAAAGAUUGGGAAAUACCAUGUCCUCGAUGAAAAAAUAAAGAUCGAUAUUGAAAAUAUCAUCUGGUUUUCAACAGCCAAUACCACGAUCCCUCAGUACAGAUGCUCAGAGCGCUGCGCCCCUGGCUCAGUGAAGAAGAUCCUGAACGUAUACUGCUGUUACAACUGCACGCCUUGUCUGGAGGGGACCUUUGCAGACGCCUGGGAUCUUCAUACCUGCAAAGCGUGUCCCAAUGGAACUUGGUCUCUCAAGGGCUGGGAUCAGUGCAUGCCAAGAUCUGAGUCCUACCUGCGAUGGAAAGAUACUCAUCCCAUCAUCAUGAUUGCAGCCACAGUCUUUGGCAUCUUGCUCUUGUUCGUUACCUUCAUUGUCUUUUUGGUGUACAGAGAUUCCCCACCUAUGAAAAGAGCUGAGGUGAGAUUGUCUUGUAUUAUGAUGGCUGGUCUGUCAGUGAGCUUCGCAAGUGUGAUAUGCUUCAUGGGCAAGCCCAGUGUACACCUCUGCCGGGCCCGCCAGGUAAUGUAUGCUCUGGGCUUCACCCUGUGUGUGUCCUGCAUCCUAGUCAAGGCCUACCGUACCUUCCUGGCUUUCCUUCCCUUCGGUCAGCUGACUUGCAGGCGACUGAACAAACUCUAUAAGCCGACUGUAAUUGUCGUCGUCAUAACUGCUCUCCAGGGGAUCAUCUGUCUUCUCUGGCUCAUCUUUGACUCCCCUGAUAUUGAUCCCACUCCUCCGUCCCCACAAAGCAUGAUCAAACUAAUUCAGUGUAGUGAAGGUCCCACAUACAUAGGUUUUGGCUUUAUGUUGGUCUACAUAGCUCUGCUAGCAUUGGUUGGCUUCCUCUUGGCCGUCAAAGUCAGGAAGGUUCCGCAGGAGUUCAGCGAAACAGGCUACAUAAUCUUCAGCAUGCUGAUGUACUUGUUUGUAUGGGUGUGUUUUGUCCCAGUCUAUAUCACCAACAAUGAAAAUGCCUCUCCUGUGCAGGCUUCAGCCAUUCUGGUGUCCACUUAUGGCAUCAUCUUCUGCCAUUUCUUACCCAAGUGCUACGAAGCCCUUAGGGGGCCAAAGAUGGACACACUAGAGAGCAUUCUGAGGAGAUGGCGAGUCAUCACCAAUCGAAAAGUUGAUUUGGUGACAGACAUAGACAUACAUAUCCCUGAAAUGAAUACUUCCUCAGUAACGAGUAACAGGUUUUCCAUAACAAGUACAACAACUAUAUUGAAAAGCUUAGAGACGCUGAACGAGGACAGCCCGACAGAUUCAGAGGUGAUCAUAAUGCCUGUGUCCAAUAAAAAGAUGCAUGCCUAUACGAAGCUAGGAACAAAACUGAGGAGACGUAGGAGUGUAUCCAUCUAAGACUGGUUCCACGGAAAUUUGAUAUGCACUGUACUGUUGUGAUAUUUUAUUGUACAAUUUUCCCUUUUUAAAGCCAAUAUUUUUUGCGAUCUUUGUGCUGUAAAUCCAAGUUAAAAUGAGUUUUUCUUUUCUCUAAGCUGUUGUAUUCUUCAAUGUACAGACAACCAAAGAGGACUCAUGUGUAUUAUGUACAGUUUAAAAGUAAUAUUAAAGCAAAAAUGCUUUUUAAAGUCUUGCUGUAAAUUGUUUCACCUGUCCAUCAUUAUUCCUGCACCCACCUCACCUCCUGCUCACCUGUUCUCACUUCCCGGAUUACUCACUCACUAUUUAUACCAGCUCUGUUCCUUUGUUGGGUCGUCUUUUGUUGCACAAGUUAUGUUUGCCUGAAUCUGCACAAUUUAUAUUGGGAAUAUUGAUUUUGCAUUCCUCAAAACAAUAUACACAGAUUCAAAACAUGUAGACCUGUCAAAAAAUAAAUAAACUCAACAAGGAUUUUUACAAUUAUUCUUUUUCAUAAAUGUUGAAAAACACGGAAUGAAUAUGCUUUCCUCAAUGCCACCAGACUCCAUUAAAAAACACUGCAUUACAAUGUCACUGAACAACAA